UGUACAAUAUUCAUUAUAGUUCUUAGGUUAAGAUUUAUCAUGUCUUUAUACAAACCAAAGUCUUGCCUGCACAUAUUCUCAAAACAACACAUCCUCAGACAACUAAACUAUGUCAAUUACCGAAAAUUUUGCAAAGACGAAAAGCCCACAGACACUCCUCUAAAAAAUCUGCUAGAAAAUGCAGCAUCUUUCGAAGAUGCCAAACCACAAGUGCCAGAAGACGAAUGGGCUACUCUACCAUACCCUGAGGGGGCGAAAAUUAAUAGAGAUCAAUCUGCAAAAGCCCUAAGACCCUCCCUCGAUCCCAGAGAGACUUCGAUAAUAUGUUUCCCUGGACAGGGAAAUCAGUUUGUGGGAAUGGGGAAGAACUUGUAUAAAUAUCCAUUGGUUAAAGAUAUGUUUGAGAUGGCUAAUGAUAUAUUAAAAUAUGAUUUAAAAAAAAUAUGUUUUCAAGGACCGCAAAGUGAAUUAAACAAAACAGUACAUUGUCAGCCGGCUACAUUUAUUACAUCUUUAGCUGCUUUAGAAAAAUUAAAGGAAGAAAGACCGAAUGCAAUUGAUUCUUGUGUUGCGACUGCUGGCUACAGUUUGGGGGAGAUCACAGCGUUAGUCUUUGCUGGGGCCAUACCAUUUGAUAAAGGUUUGCGUCUUGUUCAGAUCCGAGCAGAAGCAAUGCAAAUGGCCAGCGAGAUGGUUUCAGGAGGCAUGAUGGUCGUCAUGUAUGGUCCUGAUUCUAAAAUUGGUAAAGCAUGUUUAGAUGCUAUUGAGCAUUGUAAAACAAAAGACUUGGAACACAUCGACUGUCGGAUAGCAAGUUUUAUGUACCCCCACUGUAAAGUAAUUGCUGGAAACACUGAGGCAUUACAAUUCAUAGAAGAACACAUGAAAGAUUAUAAAAUACGAAGAGUGAAAAAAGUGCAAGUCUCAGGGGCCUUUCACACACAAUUGAUGCUUCCGGCUAUUGAGCCUUUUAAAAAGGCUCUGAAGAAAAUCACUUUGGAGCUACCGAUUAUACCAGUUUAUUCAAAUGUUGAUGGAAAACAUUAUAAAAAUAUUACACAUAUUGAAAAACAAUUGCCAAAACAGAUUACAAAUGCCGUAAAGUGGGAACAAACUCUGCACAUUUUGUACGAACGGACACAAGGUAAACACUUUCCAAGAACCUUUGAAUGCGGUCCGGGCAAAAGUCUGACAACGAUAUUGAAACAAGUCAAUGCAAAAGCUUGGGACAGCUGUAUGAAUAUAGAAGCAUAGAAAGAUUUUUCCACAACUGUUGUUGAUCUAUAACUAGGAGCCCUAAGAAGAUAGGUUUUAGGAUUUAAGUGUUAAAAUGUUACUAUUUUUAUACAAAGAAAUAUAGAAAAAUUGUACUCAAAUAAAAUAUAUUAUUAUGUGAUACAUUUAUUAAU